AAUCAAAAUACAAAAAUAAAAGCUUUACAAAGUUGAAAGACACAAAAGAGACUGAACUCACUCUGCCCUUUCCUCUCUCUCUCUCUCUCUCUCUCUCUCCGUUGACGGCGGCGUAAGGUCUCCGCCGGUGGCGUCCCAUCCGAUAAGGUAUAAGAUUCUUGUUAGAUUAUUAUUUCGAAGACAGAAUGGUUUAUAUAACUUCUUGGGACGAGUUCGCUGACCGAUCUCUACAAAUGUUCCGUGCCGAUCCUGAAUCUACACGAUAUGUGAUGAAAUACAGACAUUGUGAUGGAAAAUUGGUUUUGAAGGUCACUGAUAAUCGAGAGUGUUUGAAGUUUAAGACUGACCAAGCACAGGAUGCUAAGAAAAUGGAGAAGCUCAACAACAUGUUUUUCACUCUGAUGGCUCGGGGUCCUGAAGCGGAUACAUCGGAAGUUACCGGGAAAGAGCCGAUGGAUGCACAGCCAACCAAGAAAGGAAGAGGAAGGAAACAAUAACCUUGUUAGCUAAUAGGAAAUAGUUACUUUGACAAAUCAUGUUUGACUUGUGGAUAGAUACCUCUGAAGAAAAAGAAACAAGUUUCGGUAGCCAUUUUUUGCAUUGGCAUUUAGCAAAAUCAUCAUGAGAUGGGAGUCUUGAAUUUCUUCUUGUGAGUCUCAAAAAGCUAUAUUCACUUGCAAUUUUCUGGAUUUAUUACACUCUUCACUCCCUCUAACUUGUGUUUUAUAUUCAAACUAAUGAAUUUCUCUAGUUUACAUUAA